GUAUACAAAUAUGUCGCAACUUCUGACAGCAGCUACAGAAGCUAAUUUUCAGGAAGUAAAACGGUUGGUUGAAUCUGGUGAUGACGUGAAUGAAAAACACGACGAUGGUAGGACAGUUCUUCAUUAUGCUGUAUCAGCAAAUUCACUGAAAAUUGUCAAAUAUUUAGUUGAACAUGGAGCUGAAGUGAUAAAUCUUCACACUCAUGGCAGCGACACAAUUUUAUUUUUGGCUUGUGAAAAAGGAAAUGAAUCAAUUGUUGACUACCUUCUCCAGAAUGGAGCGACCAAAGACAUAAACAAAUAUGGUGAUGAUCGGGUUUCUCCUUUAAGUAUAGCAAGCGAGAAAGGUCAUACAGCUGUAGUUCAAACAUUACUGAAGUAUAACGUUGAUAUGCGGAAAGACAAGCAGUUGGUAUGUGGUAAUGAAGAAAUCAUUAAUAUCAUCAACUGGGAGUUGAAGAAGUCCAUAAAAUAUCGGAAGAAACUUAAAGAGUUAAAAGCAUUGGACAACAAAAAAUUGACAAAG